GGACGAUUACAUGAUGAAAAGAAAGAGGAAAGAGAGAGAAAGUACAGGACGAAUAAACAAAAAUCACUAUUAAUAUCUAUGGUUACAUCGAGUAACAACAGUAGCUUCUCAAUGAGUUGAACCAUCAUCUGGUGUCACUUUCAGUUCUCCCAACUUUUUUCUCUUUCGAUUCUGACUUUUCAUUUUGAUCUUCUUCAGUUGAUUAAAACUUUAAAUUAGAUUAACAAUAAGUGAACACACAAAUAAAGGUUUUUCAAUGUUUUUAGAAAGUCUUUUUUCUUCUUCAUUCAGUUUGGUGAAACUUUAAUCCAUUGAACAAGUAUCAAAGUUUAACACCUCAUCAUUGCCAACAAAUUCAUCCUUAAUUAUAUGCUUUCCAAUUUGGCUGCUCUUUGAUUAUAAAGUUGAACUUAAACGCGUACAGAAAUUGAACUUGAACUUUCUAUUGUGAUUUGCAACCGUCUUUUACUGUAAUCGGUGAAAUGUGAUUUAUUGCUCCAUUUUCAAUAAAAAAUACCAAUGAAACAUCCAAAGGUUUUCACUUUGCACCCAAUUGACCAGACAAUCAGGGAUCCUCGAUGGGAACCAAGUGCUGCUCGCUCAACCGAUUAUCCAGUUAACAUUGAAAAUGGAAAAUUUGUUCCUCAUUAUAUCCCUCCAAUUGCAUACUUUUAUCCUACUUCAGCUGAUUUUACUCCAGAGGAGCUUCAAGAAUCACAAUUAAGCUUGAGAGAGGCGAUUCUCAAAGAACGCUUAUCUAAAAGCUAUAGAUCUCCAGACACCAAAUCAGUCCAUAAACCAACCGAUCUCUUCUUUUUAAUCCUUCUUGUCCUGUUUUUUGGCUUUUUGGGUUACUUGUUAUUCGAGGCAAUUGUGAUCAAACAUUCAAAUCCAAAUUUAAUAUUGCACGGCUAUGAUAACUGGGGUAACAUCUGUGGCCAAAAGAACCGUCCUCUUGAUAAUGUACCUUACUCAGGACAAGAUAUGUUCCGUAAGCCUUAUCUUUUAAUUUAUUUUGGAACCAAUCGAACAACUCGAAGAAUUUGUGUUGAAAAUUGUAAUGAAGCCAUUUUCAUUAAAACAACAUUUAACCGAUGCUUACCUCGUCGAGUGGGACUUGAAAACUUGGCCAGUACAGUUAAUUAUACCAGAGGAAUAAUCGAUUCCAUAUCAUCGGAUAUAAUUUUGUGUUUCAAAGAGCUUGUUUACCUCUUCAUUGUUUCCUUUGUUUUUGCUUUACUCCUGGUUAUUUUGAUAAGGUUUAUGGCAAGUUUAAUCAUUUGGUUUACGUUGAUCAUUUUAAGCAUUGCUUUAAUAACUGGAACAACUCAUAUUUGGCUUUAUUGGGGAGAUUUGAAAUUCACAAAUAACUCAACCGCCAAUAUUACUCAACCUAACCUUAUCUCAGACUCUGAGCCAGACAAAGCUGAAAGAUGGCUUGUUUACUGUAUUGGAGCAACCGUUUUUACUACGAUAUUUCUUCUGGUUCUUCUGGUCAUGCGAAAACGGAUUCAAUUGGUUUGUCUAUUGUUCAAAGAAGCUGGUAAAGCCAUUGGUUCAAUGCCUCUUCUACUGUUGCAACCAAUAUUGACAUUAAUUAUCUUAUGUGGACUCGGAUUUCUUUGGUUUAUUGGGACUCUUUAUCUAAUGUCAAAUCGUAUACCCAUGGUUGAUCCUGAAUCUGGUUUUGUUGUCUAUGGAUUCGAACCACUUUACUCGUAUGUUAAAUGGAUCAAUAUAUUUGCCAUUCUUUGGUUAAUCUAUUUUGUAACUGCCUGCCAACAUUAUGUUAUUGCUGGUUCCGUUUCCAAAUGGUUCUUUCAAAGGGACAAAAGUCAACUCAACUACCCGAUAUUUCGCAGUAUGCUUGAACUGAUAAAAUAUCAUCUUGGAUCGAUUGCUCUUGGAUCUCUUCUCGUUGUUGGAAUGAAAAUUAUUAGAUUGUUGUUUAAGAAAAUCGAGACUCUAACCAAUCGUACAAAGGAUUCCCUUGGAUGUAUGAAUAAAUUCUGUUACUUCUUUUUCUGGAUUUUUGAAAAGUUCCUGAUUUACAUCAACAAAAAUGCUUACAUUGUCAUGGCAAUUCAUGGUUACUCAUUUUCAACUUCAGCCAAAAGAGCAUUUUCCAUUUUAUCAUCAAAUACUCUUAAAAUUGCGACCAUCAAUUCAAUUGGAGAUUUCCUUCUUCUUCUGGGCAAACUAUCGGUCAUUUCAUUGACACUCAUUGUAGGCACUGAAUUAACCAAGGAAAAAAUGGACAAACUCAACCAUCCUUGGUCACCUUUACUCGUUUCAGCAAUCUUUGCCUAUUUCAUUUCACACUGUUUCCUCGCGGUCUAUGAGAUGACCAUUGAUACGUUAUUCAUCUGUUUUUGUGAAGAAACAUCCAAUGAAAGUGAAACCUCGAUUGAAUAUGGAAAUGGCGAUUUUAGAUACGAACGCAAAAGAUCACUAAUGUAAAUGGAAACUGUAGCACUUCAGCAACAAUUCAGCUCAAAUCGAUUUCAAUCUGUUAUUAGUUUCUCCUUUUUACCGUUUUAUACCCAUUUUUAUAUCUCUUUUGCAUUUUGCCAUUUGUAUUUCAAUUGUUUCAUCAAAGUAUAUGCAAAAAAUUUAAAUUGUUUCCCUGUAAAAUCAUGUAAAUAGUGAUGGCAAUAAUUCAAUCCCAAAGACUUUAUUAAAAGCGAAAGUUAAAUGUCAACAAA